AUGGCACCACCAAUAACACCCACGGAGGUUGCCCAACCCCUUACCGAGUUCACGACUAUCGGCCACAACACACAUCUAUGGAUAUCACCAUCAUAUACUCACUCGUCACCCCUCAUCUUAAUGUUUGCUUGGAACGCCGCAGCAUCAAAACACAUAGCAAAAUACACCCUCUCGUACCAACAUCUCUUUCCCAGCUCCCAAAUAGUACUCCAGCGAUGCUACACCUCGGACAUGUUCACACGCAGCGCCCACUACGCAGCUCUGCUCACCCCAGCCCUGGAAAUCACGUACCAGCACAUCACUUCCGGCGGUUCCGUGCUCGUGCACAGUUUCUCCAACGGCGGCGGCAACCAAGUCAACGAGUUUGCCAAGGCCUGGAAACGCAAGUACGGCAGCAGACUGCCCAUGCAAGUGCAGAUCAUGGAUUCUAGUCCCACCAAGGGUCCGUGGAUGAAGAGUUACGCCGCAAUUUCCGCUGGGCUGCCAAGAACAUGGUUUUGGAAAUGGUUUGGCGGGCAUCUGGUCCAUAUGCUUUUGCUGGGGUCAUUUUUGAUCAAUGUGGUGAGACGCAAAGAGAACAAGAUGGUGGUGUUGUGUCGCGAGAUGAAUGAUGAGAGUGUCUUUGACAACGCUGUCCCAAGAGUAUAUUUGUAUAGUCGGGCUGACGAGAUGGUGGGAUGUGAGGAGGUCGAGGAACAUGCUGCGAUUGCGAAGAGGAAGGGGUGGAAUCUCACCAUGGUCCGGUUUGAGAAGAGUGCACAUUGUGGGCACGUCAGAGAGGACGAACAGAAGUAUUGGGGCGCAGUGCUCGAGGUGUGGAAGUCAAAGCCGCGCUGCAACUAG